GACAAACCUCAAAUCGAGGUGUCAAUUGGCAACGUGUCAAAAAUAUUGACAGUAGAAGAAAUCAGCGCUAUGGUGCUUGGCAAAAUGAAAGAGAUAGCGGAGGGAUAUCUGGGUGAAACCGUCAUUACUGUUGUGGUAACUGUGUCUGCUUGCUUUAACAAUGCUCAGCGCCAAGCUACAAAGGAUGCUGGAACUAUCGCUGGUCUCAACGUAAUGAGAAUCAUCAACGGUCCUACUGUGGCUGCCAUUGCAUAUGGAAUUGAUAAAAUGGAAGAUGAAAAAAAUAUUAGUGUUUAUUAUAGUGUACCACUUUUGACAAUUGAUAAUGAUGCGUUUCAAGUCAUCGGAAAAGCUGUUCAAAG